GAAUUUAGUGUGUAAAGCUGCAAGCACUGUGUUUCCCCAUGGAAAUCAUUUCUAUUUAAAACCACGAUGUUUUGAAUUUACCCCCAGAAUUGUCAUGGCUAUUUUCAAGGGGGCUGGGAAUUUAAGUAUCACCACGUUUUAGUACCUGCAAGAAUGACACUUUUUCUCACAGUCGUUUAAAAAACCCUUAAUCCUCUAAAACCCUACUUUACAUAUAAACCCUUAAUACGGUGCCGUGCAGAAGAACAACGAGACAAGUUUUCAUCGCGUAAAACCCUAGUUCCGCGAAAGACUCCUAGAAGGAUUUCAUCAUGUAAGACACGCUGAUAAAAUAUCUCAUACCCUUUUCCCUGUGUGAUACAAGUAGGGAGUACCCAUUUCAUCUCCAUUACACUUAGUUAAGGCAAAACUAACCAUGGAUGUCUUUUUCAUUCUCCCCAAUCCGGGAAGUCAUGCACCUGUGUCGGUGAACUACUGUAUGGGUACUUGACUCUCUCUCUCGGUCAACUAUUGUUCCAUUUUAUAAUGACUUUAAUUCAGUGCAGUUUAUUUCGGAGCAAUUGCAGUCUUAAUAAGACAGUAGAACAUAUUUCUUCAUGCUCAAUUUUCAAUCUCAGGGUUGAACACCAUGUUGAAUCCCGCUAAAACUGAGGCAAUAGUAUGCAUGAUUACAAGUCAAUACUGUAUCUCUUCUUGGGUAUAUAUAAAUCUGCCCAUUGCACUCUAGUCCAUGCAUUUGCUCUUCUGCAAUGGAUCUCACAAAGGUCUCUGUAUUUCUUGUGCUCUUGUUCUGCCUCCUCUGGCACAGCAAUGGCCGUAAUGUUUCAUUGGUGAUGGAGAAUGAAGUCAAGGCUGCAACAAAAUGUAAUUUGUUCAGGGGAUCAUGGGUGCACGAUGAGUCCUAUCCUCUUUAUGAGGCUGCCAGCUGCCCUUAUAUUGAUGACAAGUUGAACUGUAGAAAAAAUGGGAGGCCAGAUUCUGACUAUGAAAAAUGGAGAUGGCAGCCAUAUGGUUGUUCCAUGCCCAGAUUCAAUGCCAUGGAUUUGCUGGAAAGACUGAGAGGAAAGAGAUUAAUGUUUGUUGGGGACUCAACUAGCCGAAACGAAUGGGAAUCCAUGGCCUGCCUCCUAAGUACAGUGAUUCCAAACAGCAAGAUAUCUUUCAAUAAUGAUGGAUUUCCACUUAAAACAUUCAAAGCCCUGGAUUAUCAGGCUUCCAUAGAAUAUUUCUGGGCUCCAUUUCUGGUUGAUUUUUAUUCAAAUGAACAGGGGAAAAAAAUUGUGCAUUUGGAUUCCGUCCAACGCAAUGGAGUAUACUGGAAAGGAGUGGAUAUUCUGGUCUUUGAGUCCUCACAUUGGUGGACUCAUAGUGGCACAACAAAGGAAUGGGACAUGAUGCAGAUAGGCCAUCGGAUGUAUGCUUAUAUGGAUCCAAUGAAGGCUUAUAAGAAAGCUUUGAACACUUGGGUAAAUUGGGUAUCUGAAAACAUUAAUCCAAAAGAAUCCACUGUCUUCACUCGGACCAUGUCGUCCGAGCAUUACAGUGAAGAGAAAUCCAAGAAUUGUUACAAUCAGAUGGAGCCCUUCAAGCUAAGUGGGGAUCUGCCACCAGUGCCUCCACAAGUGCCCAUGUUGGAAUAUGUUCUCAAGAAGAGCAAACUUCCUAUCAAUCUACAGUAUAUCAUAAGGCUCUCAGAUUACAGGGUAGAUGCACAUCCUUCAGUGUACACUACAGAAGUAACUAAACAGCAGCUGAAAAACCCAGAGGCUAAUUCAGACUGUAGUCAUUGGUGUUUACCUGGUGUUCCUGAUACUUGGAAUGAACUCUUGUAUGCAUCCCUUGUACAGUCUGCAUAAUCUGCCAAAACUUUUGCCUUUUGACUUUUAUCUGAGCUAUUCUGUGUUUCUCAGAGGAAUCAAUGGAUUGUUACCCACUUGGUAUCAUAUUCUUCGUUGAAAGGCUGCCAUGCUAAUGGGGCAAUGCAUUUUGUAUUUUGUAUUUUUCUUCUGCCAUUACAGAUUUUGUCAAAGCUGAAGACAAAAUGUAAGGACUUUACCACAUGGCUUCCCAAUAGCUACAUUCUCUAUUAAGAGCAAUUAUUAUAUAGUGGCAAUUACUAUCUUAAUUAGAUUCAAGUAUUGAGUUU